UGAUCUCGAAAGUUGUCGAUCGCCUCUAUACGAAUCAUUCCGGUCGCUUCCAGCAACGCGGACCCGAUCCCCCUCCGCGCCCCGUCGAUAUGGCCGAAGAGGAUGUUGAGCGCCAGGCCGAGAAGCCGCGGCCGGCUGAGCGAUCGGUGCAUGCGGUCUUCUACAUCGCGAGUUGGAUCUUCUUCUCCAACUUGACCAUUCUCUUCAACAAAUGGAUAAUUGACAGCAGAGGAUUCAGAUACCCCGUGAUCCUAACAUGCUGGCACCUGGUUUUUGCUUCCCUCGCGACUCAGGUCCUUGCGCGAACGACCAAGCUGCUCGACGGGCGCAAGAACGUCAAGAUGACAGGGCGAACUUAUCUGCGUGCCAUCGUACCGAUUGGCCUGCUGUACAGCGCCAGCCUCGUCUGCAGCAACAUGGUCUACCUGUACCUGAGCGUGGCCUUCAUCCAGAUGCUCAAGUCCGCCGCCCCGGUUGCCGUGUUGCUGACGAGCUGGGCCUGGGGCGUCGAGGAGCCCUCACUCAAGCGCUUUCUUAACAUCUUGCUCAUCGUUUGCGGCGUGGCUCUCGCCAGCUUCGGCGAGAUCGACUUCAGCCUGGCCGGCUUCCUGUUCCAGCUGGGCGGCAUUGUGUUUGAAGCCAUGCGCCUCGUUAUGAUUCAGGUGCUGCUGUCGGGCGACACUCAGAAGAUGGACCCGCUCGUCAGCCUGUACUACUACGCGCCCGUGUGCGCGGUCAUGAACGUCAUCAUCGCCAUCGGUUCCGAGGCGAAUAAGUUCAACCCGGCCGACCUGGCCCAGGCGGGCUACGGCCUGCUGCUUCUCAACGCGAUUGUCGCGUUCAUGCUCAACGUGAGCAGCGUUUUCCUGAUCGGGAAAACCUCCGGCUUGGUCAUGACCUUGACCAGCAUCUUGAAGAACAUCCUCCUUGUCAUCGUCUCCGUCAUGAUCUGGCACACGUCCGUCACCUGGCUGCAGUUCCUCGGCUACUCCAUUGCCCUCGCCGGGCUUGUCUACUACUCGAUCGGCUGGGACCAGAUCGUCGCGAUUUCCCAGGCCGUGUGGGUCUCGGCAAAGGGGGGCUACGAAUCCAUCCGCGGGUCGCCGCCCACCGGCGGCGAGGAAGCGGCCCAGAACCAGGGUCGCCUCCCGUCUGCCGUGCGCAGGGGAUUGAUUAUUGGCGCCGCCGUCGUGACGGUGCUGCUUCUCGCCGGUGGGUUUUUCUACAGCGGCGGCGCCACUGUGGUCGCCGAACGCUUUGGGGACUUGGGCACCUCGUAGUAAUUGACGGUUCAUGCGAGAGAGGAGGCGGGCGCGGGAGGGUGGAAGUUGCGGGGUGUACGAUGGGCGGGUUGGCACCAUUCCGAUA